AUGGUCUAUCGCAUCCUCGGGCUUCUAGCCCUAUGCUCCCUCCCCCUCACUCAUGCCUCAGCCAUUCCCCAAACCCCACAAGCCAUACUAGCCCAGGGCCACCAUGAAGCAACCACCAACCCCACUCCCGGACUCAACCUUCUCAGCGAAUACCACGCAGAAGAAGACGACAAGAAAGAAGAAGCAGUAGAAGCAGAAACCUUCACCCGCCCAAGCUGGUUCACAUCAACCCUCCUAGCCCGCCGCCUCCUCGCAAAGUCCACCUCAGGCGUAAUUUCCACCAUCUUCCCAAACCCGCUCCCACCUUCUUCUCGCUCCCCAGAAGAGAUCGCCGGCCUCCCCAUCGGCCUCCGCGAAUACAUCUCAGACUGCGACGCCGCACUCCCAUCUCACCUCACGCACAACGACAACGGGGAUCCCACCAUCCUAGCCCUCCGCGUUGCAACUACAUUCCGAAACAUCGGCUCUAGUGCGGGCUCCAACUUUUCCCUCGAACUGGACUGGUGGGACCAUCUUGACCAGGCUGGGCCUGUUUACCCGGGACUAGGUCUUAGCCCUGCGGCGUUGCCGCGGGUGACGCUUUUCGGGUACCUGGAUACAUUACCUGAGCUUGUGGGUGCUGAUAGUGGGUCUGGGCCAGAUGUCGAGGAGCUAGAGGAGUGUUUCCUUGCUUCUCACCCUGAUGCGAGGGUUUGGUUACCUGGUGCAUCAGGGUCGCCGCAUUCGAGCUUUUGGGCGCGGAUGGUAGUUACGGCUGUGUAUUGGAUUGGAGGAUUUGGGGAUGUGCAGCAGAUUGGGUGGAUGGAUGUAGAGGAAUGGAAGGGGAUUGGACGAUUUGAGAGUGAGGUUGGGGAUGGGCGUGGAUGGGAGGAUGUGCGACUUCCGGGGGAGUGA